CGAAUCUGAACUGCAUCCAGAACCGGGGAUCAACGAAUGUAGUCUUUUGUAAACUAGUUGCACUUUGCAUUUGAUUAGUUUUUUCUGUAGAGCAGUAGGCGCUCGAGUUCGUUCCGUAUUCGUCCAUACGGAUCUUUAUGGAUGGUCCUUUUCGUCCUUUUUGUCAUAAAUAAUUAAGGAUGGAGCUCUCUUCUUCACUACUUGACCUUCAUCUCUCCUCCUCCUCAGAGAGGUCCUGCCCCUCUGUCCCUCUUCCUCCAAUCGCAGAGCUCCUCUCACAGCUGCAGAAGGAGCUCAUUACUUCCUCCUCAAUCUCUGAAACAAAUGCUCUGAUUGGUCGUGUGGAGCUGCUCUUUCGAACAGCAGAUCCUAAUUGGCUAUUCUCAUCAGCUAAAGCUGAGCUCCAGGAGACAUACCAAUCUCUCAUCAGUGCUCUAAUUGGCUGUGCAGCUCUACCUCUUUGCCAGGAUGAUUGUAACUCCCUGCCAGCGACUGCCUAUCAGAGCAUCCCGAGCCGAGCUGUCCUGGUGUGCUCUGCCCUCAGAGUGCUGAUGGGAACUCUGGGUCACUGGGAGGGUUCAGGAGGGCCCGGGCUGGGUCAUACGGGUCUGCUGCUGACUGUAGUACCAUCCGUGUGUAUAUUUGCUGUCACGCAUCUCCAGGAUGAGCUGUGGACCAAUGCCUCCUCCAGAGCUGCAGCACAGAGUCUCCAGGUGGAGCUUUUGAGAGCGGGGGGCUGGAGGGACACCAGCCACCUCCUGAUGGGGGAUGAAGUUCUAGGAGGAGUCCUGGACAUCCUGCAGCCUCAACUCACCAAAGCUUCGUGGCAGCGCUGUGAAGCAGUGAAGCUGGUUUUUGUCUGGAUUCUUCUGCAGGUCAGAGGCUUCACAUGCCAGUGGUUCUGUACUGGUUGUUUCUUUACUGGUUCUGUCUCUUUCGGUUUUGUGCAGGUGACUCGCCCAUCUCUUUCCCCCCAUCUGCCGCGCCUCCUUCCUCCCUCCCUGAUCCUCAGUGAUCACUUCAGACCAGAGAAUUGCAUUCUGGGAGUUCGCUGUCUGCAUCACAUUGUGCUGAACACGGCAGCUGCAGACCUGCGUCAGUUCAACAGAGCAGAGGUUCUGUACCACGCUCUGUUCAAACACCUGUACACUGCAGAGGCUGCUGUCAUACAGCUGGUUCUGUCCUGUCUUUUGGACCUGUUGCUGGUGUUGGAAAAAGCCCCUUCGUCCUCUACGCGCCUGAAGCCCUGUCGCCAUGACGACGUGCUGCAUCUGGUCCUUACACACAUGGAGGUGGAGCAGAAGGUGGCACUACGACGUGUCUAUGCAUCUGCCCUGACGCGUUACGUGAGCAGGAUGGGCGUAGCCGUGUGCAGACACCUGCGGCGAGUAGAGCGAGUGGUUCUGGGAUACCUGGAGGUCAGAGACCCGCCUGAAGAGAUGUGUCGUCUGAAGAUGCUGGAGGUGCUGCAACAAACCACCAGAGCUGCAUGGCCACGGAUGGAGUGCCGCCUCGGCGCGCUGCUGUGCUGCUUGAUGAAGAUGUUGGUUGACGUUUCUUCGGACUCUGAGCUCAAUGCGUCAGUCAGACACAAGCUGAUUGAUGAGGCCGUGCUGUGCAUCAAACUGCUGGACGUAGCAUCACAUAGAAAAAUCCAGUCUCUCCUCCGGCAGGUUGAAAGCGGCUGCUGCAGCUCUGAAGUGCUUGGUUGCCUAGCAACUGUAAGUGUGGCAACAGAGAGGUGAUGCAACACAGCUGGAACACUUUGAUGCAGGACCUUAUCUGAACAGAGACGCUGACUCGUGCUUGGACUCACUGGUUCCUACUGAACACUGUGGAUGAGGGACAGUUUUAACAAAGUGUUUAUUUAAAGACAAAUACAGUAUGAACAUCACCAAUAUGAUGUUGAGUUGGCUUCAGAUCAAUGUGACCUGCUGUAAAGUUUCUGACUGAUCUGAAGGUUGUCAGCUAAAGAACAUAGGAAGAUAACAUUUGCACAGCAGAACCUUUGAAAUGUUGAUUAAAGCAGUCAUUUUAUUAGGAACUGUAAAACUUUUCGUUUACUGUGUGAUCUGGUUGUUUUAUGUGAGCACUCACGAUCCUCCUGGAAAAAAACAAUCGUGCCUCUGCUUUAACUGGUUCAACAACCGUUGGCAUAUGGCAGCUGAUGAUUUGACUUUUGACAACUUUGGAGCAGUCACAGAAUUUAUAGGUAGAACAGUUUUGCUGCACUUUCUGUCCGCCAUUGUGAAGACAGGAAUGGUCAAUAUUGUCUAUUGACAUUUGUGACUGUAGCGAAGCUCAGAUGCUCUGAAUCCAGCUCAUCAGUGAGUCCAGCUGGUCCAGUCCACUAUAAACUCGGCUCGGCCUCUGUCAGGCUCUGCUGCUGGUUCGAGACGAGUCUUCAAAGGUGACACACAAGUUUAAUCAGAAUCAUGAAAUCAAAUCAUCCUGCAAAAGGUGUGUUGCUAAACCACCAAUGCUCCAGUCAGGGAAUAAAGUCCAGAUUGUACCUUGA